AUGAUAUUUGUUAUCGGUAUAAGCAUUUUACUGCUAUUAAUUCUAGUGAUAUUUGUAUUACAUCAAUGUUUAGAGAAAAAAAUUGUUUAUAAAGAUUUAAAAAAUAGGCACGUUAUUAUAACUGGUGGAUCUAGCGGUAUUGGUAAGGCAGUAGCAAUUGAAGCAGCCAAAUUAGGAGCCCAUGUUACCAUAAUUGGUCGUGAUAUUCCUAAACUUAUUUUGGCUGUUACUGAUGUGAUAAAUAAUUGUACACCGUAUAGUGGACAAAAAAUACAAUAUUCUUCUUUAGAUGUUACAUCCGAUUAUAAUUCAAUAGAAAAGACUUUAUCCAAAUUAGAAAAUGAUGUAGGACCAAUAUUUAUGUUAGUUAAUUGUGCUGGAAUGUGCAUUUGUGGACAAUUUGAUUCAAUGAAAAUUCAAGAAAUAAAACAGAUGAUGGAUCUGAACUAUUUCGGGACGGCCUAUCCUACCAGAUAUGUAUUACCAGGAAUGAAAGAACGCAAUGAAGGCUUAAUUGUGUUUGUAUCUACAGAAGCUGCAUUAUUAGGAAUAUAUGGUUACAGUGCUUAUGGUGCUGCAAAAUGGGCUGUUCGUGGCUUGGCAGAGUCUAUUUUUAUGGAACUGGUUGGGACUAAUGUCAGAUUGACUCUAGCUUUUCCACCAGAUACUGACACUCCAGGAUUUAAAAAUGAAGAACUAACAAAACCUAAAGAAACAAAACUCAUAUCAGGAUCGGGAGGACUUCAUUCAGCUGAAAAUGUAGGCAAAAAACUAUUGCGAGACUCAUUGAAUGGCAGAACAUACUCAGUUUUUGGAUUCAGUGGUUAUUUGCUUUCUACUUUGUAUUGUGGGACUAUUGACAGUGUAACACAAGUAAUAGUACAAAUAUUAUCUAUGGGUAUCAUUCGAGCUAUUAUGGUUGGUAUACAACUUUCUUUCCAUAAAAUUGUUAGAGAAGGUUUAAAAGAGAAAGAAGUAGAGAAAGUAAACAAAGAGAAAAGUCAA